AUGGCACAACAACGACUUCAGCAAAUUGCUGGACAUGGAAAUUUUCCUCGAGGUCUGUUGGAAGGAAAGACUGCCAUUAUCACCGGAUCAGGUCAAGGAAUCGGUGCUGAAGCUGCGAGGCUCUUUGCUAAUGAAGGCGCCAAAGUUGUGAUAUGCGAUGUCGACAGCAAAAAGAGCAGCGCUGUUGCCGAUGAAAUCUGCGCUUCGUUCCCUGGUCGCGCCAUCUUCGUCCCAGGCGAUGUAACGGAUCCAGUUUAUCUUCAAAAUCUCGUCACGAAAGCCGGAGAAUUUGGUCAGGGCAAAAUUCAUAUCAUUGUAAACAACGCAGGGUUUACCUGGGAUGGUGUUAUUCAUAAGCUGACCGACAAGCAAUGGGAGACGAUAAUUGCCGUUCACAACACUGCCCCCUUCAGGCUGAUUCGGGAAGCAUCGCCCUAUUUCCGGGUCAAAGACAACGAUGUCCGAGUCAUCAUCAACAUCUCGAGUGUGGCCGGCACCCAUGGAAACGCUGGUCAGGCUAAUUACUCUUUGGCGAAAGCUGGGAUGAUUGGGUUGACCAAGACAAUUGCGAAGGAAUGGAGCCAGUUCGGCGUUCGCGCUUGCACAGUUGCCUAUGGACGCAUAGAAACGCGCUUAACCCGUGCUAGGGAGGAGGGGGCCUUUAUGGUCACACCCGACGGACAGCGUGUCGCCCUUGGAAUUCCAGGUGCACAGCUUGCCAAAGCAAGCAGCUCCGCCAAAAGCUCGUACGUGCAUAACACUCUUGAGCGUGCUGGGACCGUCGCAGAGGCUGCAGGGGUUAUUCUAGCAGUCGCAAGUCCGUACUUCUCCUACGUCAACGGCCAGACGAUCGAGGCGACUGGAGGCAUGUUUCUGUGA